AUGAAUGCUGUCGAUACCUUUGAUAUGGGCUCAACGUCCAACCUCUCUGACUCGGACGAUGAGAUCCCAAUGGAGCUCGACCUGACGGCGGCGGGCCCGCCAAUUUCAGACGAUGAAGACGAGCUCGAUUUACCUGUCGACCAGCAUGGAUGCAAGUUAUUUCUCCAAUAUGCAAAACGGGCAGCGAUGCACGUGGGGCUGGUGGCCCUGCUGGUUGGCUAUUUGCUGGGUGGUGCAACACUUUUCUACCAUGUCGAAGGUCCGAACGAGCUUAUCCAACGAGACAUUGAACUGAAACGGAUCCUUGGGACGUGGGACGAUUUUCAGGACCACAUUUGGAACAUCACUCAAGAUGUCGACAAUCGCAUUUCUAGAGAAGCCUUCAACACUAUAAACCAGGAAUACUUCCGAAAACUGGUCAACUACAUCUUUGUCAGCUACCACAACCAGUACAUCAACGCUCGCCAUAUAUUGAACGAGACCAGGGGCGAGGAGUUGCUGUGGACAUUCCCUAAUAGCGUCUUCUUCGCCACGACGGUCAUCACCACCAUUGGUUACGGUAAUCUGGUCCCGACAACUAUGGUCGGAAGAAUAUGUUGCAUUUGUUAUGCUCUGAUUGGGAUCCCAUUACUCCUCGUCACAAUCGCUGACAUUGGAAAAUUCCUUUCCGAGUUCUUGAGCUUCCUCUACAAAUCCUACCGUGCGUUUAAGCGGAAGAUACGCCGUCAGUCACGUCGAAUCUCUCAUCACUACCGACCAGGAUCACAAUCGCGUGGGAGCGAUCAGACGAGCCACGCCGGCAGUAUGAAUCUGAAUGAUAUUGAGUCGGAGCCAGAAUCCUCAAUGGAAGACGAACUCCGCAUCCCUGUGUUCAUGGUCCUGUUGGUCCUAUUAGCGUACACAGCCAUCGGCGGAAUACUGUUCCAACAUUGGGAAAAUAUGCAGUACUUUGAAGCCUUUUACUUCUGCUUCAUCACUAUGGCGACUGUCGGUUUCGGCGACAUUGUCCCCACCGAGCAGGUGUACAUGUUUUUCACGAUGGCCUACAUCAUUUUUGGGCUUUCGUUAGCAACGAUGUGCAUCGAUUUGGCCGGUACGGAGUAUAUUCGAAAAAUUCAUUACCUGGGUAGUCGAAUGGAAGAUGCGAAGGGUGCUGUUAUCAGCGGUAUCCAAGUCGGAGAACACAUCUUCAAGCAUACCGGCGUUGAAGCGAUACGAUCCGCAGGGGGGAAAGUGCUCAAAUUACGACGCGUUUUUGUGGAUCGGGACGGCGGCUCUGUGGACUACGUACUUGUGCCGCAGAAAAAUAUUAUUUAUGAGCCUCCCUCAACUGCCGUGCUCAAGCUCACAAAGGAGGCCAACAUUAAGAUAAUGCCGGACGACAUCACUGAAAAAGACGGGUAUAUUGUCCAAAAUAAGAGCUACGACAAGAAGCAGAAUCACGAUCGGAUCUUCGUGCGAGUUUCACAUAAUCAAAUUCAUAAAUCCUUCCGGCCUGUGGACGCCGGAAAGAAAACUGUCGUCAUCCCAGUGCUGCUCUCAGAAACUAAAGUC